GCUGGCUCUCCGCGUCGCUCCGGGCUGGCGUCGCGUCUGUGAAGCGGACAGCCCGCAGUCCCAAGCCCUGCCAGUCGGAAAUAUGGUGGGGAAGGAAGAGGAGCUUAAAAUGGGACUGCAGGCACCAGGCCCCCAUCGCUCGUGACAGAGGAAUUGGUGACCCUCCAGGACGUAGCCAUGGACUUCACCUUGGAAGAUUGGGAACAGCAGGGGCUGGACCAGGGGGACCUCUUCUGGGACACGGCACUAGACAACUACCAGAGCCUCUUCCUACUGAACCCCCAAAAAUCCAACCUCACCUCCCACCCAGAUGGCAGGGAAGAGCUGGAAGCCCUGGGGAGUGGAAGCCCUGAGGCAGCAGACCCAGACCCAGCUGAGCCCAUGUACUCUCCUUUUAAGCAGGACUUCUUGGAAGAAGGACUCUCUCAGGAGAUAAUAGAGACCUUUUCGAAGGAUGCGCUCUGGUACUCCAAUUUGGGAGAAGCCUGCAUUGGUGACAGCUGGUUAGAUAACCUGCUAGGAGACCAUUCGGAGAGUCUUUUGAGGUCUGACUUUGUCACCAGCAAGGGAAGUCCUACAACAUGCAGUAGCCCUGAGCUCAAGAGAGGCGUUAGUCCUCAGCCCGUCCUCCUUCCAGAAGAGGGCCCCAUGGUGUAUGAGCUCCCUGAAGAGAGUCCCCCAUCAGGGAAGCCUCAAGAACCCCAGAACGGCAACGACUGCUCCUCAGAACAGACCCCACUGGGCGCUACAGCCCUGGGCGCUGAGACACCAUAUAAAUGCAGCGAAUGCGGGGAAGCCUUCACUCGGAGUUACCACCUUAUCCAGCACUGGGUUAUCCACACGGGAGAGAGACCUGCCACUGUUUGUCAGGAGGACGAGAAAGGUGCCAGCCAGAGCCCUUGCCUUUUAGGGCAGCAGGUGACUGAGUCAAACCACAAGUCCUACACGUGCAACUUGUGUGGGAAAGCUUUUCAACAGCAUACCCACCUCCUGUGGCACCAGAACAUUCACACUGGGGAGAGAGCGGGCAAGGGUCAAGACCAUGACCAUGCAUUCAGUCAGAGUUCACGGCCUGUUCUGGAUGAGAAAGCUCAACCAGCCGGCAGGGCCUACAAAUGCACCGAGUGCAGCAAGACUUUCCGCCGAGCCUUCCACCUCUCUCGACAUAAGCAGGUUCAUACUCGGAAACACUAUGAGUGUGCCCAGUGCAAAGUGACUUUCACUCUGAAUAAACAGCUUGUCCAGCAUCGGAAGACCCAUGCUGCAAAAGCUACCUCUGCAUGUCAGGAAUGUGGGAGAACCUUCAGGUGUAACGCCUCACUCCUCCAACACCAGGCUGUCCACACUGGAGAGAAGCCUCACAAGUGCAGUGAGUGUGGGAAAUUCUACAGCCAUACCUCAACCCUAAAGAUCCAUCAGAGGAUCCACAGUGGGGAGAAACCUUACAAAUGCAGUGAGUGUGGGAGAGCAUUUGGCCGGAGCACCCAUCUGAGUGAGCACAAGAGAACGCAUACAGGGAAUCGGCCCCACAAAUGUCCUGAGUGUGCCAUGAGUUUCAACCGGCCUUCACACCUGGUCCGACAUCGGUCGACUCACACCACAGGUAAGCCCCACCGCUGCACACACUGCCAGAAGACAUUCAGCCACCACAAGCAACUCCUUCAGCACCAGAGUAUCCAUACUGUAGAGACCCCCUACGAGUGUCAGGAAUGCGGAGAACGCUUCACGUGUAGCACCACCUUGAGCUGCCACCAGAGUGCUCACGCCAGAGACAAACAAGUCGCGGAUGAGAAAGGGACGAUCUUAAGUAGGGACUCACAAGCUAACGAGCACGUAGGGAUUGUCGAGAAGCUCUACACGUGUAGCAGAUGUGAGAAGUCUUUCAGCCGCAGCAGAUACCUAAAGCAGCACGAGAAAAUCCACACCAGACCAACGCCCUUUGAGUGCAGCCAGUGUGGGAAAGCUUUCAGCCAAAGUACCCAGCUUACCCGCCAUCAGAGGACUCAUUCUAAAGCAAAACCCUAUGACUGUGGCGAAUGCGGGAGGUCUUUUAGUUGCAGGCCCUCCCUUUCUGAGCAUCAGGCCACCCAUACCGGCGAGGACCCGCUUCAGUGCAACAACUGUGGGGAGACCUUCAGCGGAAGGAAGAGCCUUUUGGAACACCAGUUAGUCCACACUGAGAAGCCCUUUAAAUGUAACAAGUGUGACAAAGGCUUCACUCAGAUCAAUUACCUCAUUCAGCAUCAGCGAAUCCAUGCUAGAAAGAAGCCCUAUGAGUGUAAGGAGUGCGGCAAGACGUUCCGUCAAAGCUCAUCCCUUUCUAAACAUCAGCGAGUUCACACAGGUGAGAAGCCCCAUGAAUGCAGCGACUGUGGGAAAGCCUUCAGCCUGGCCGCUCAACUCAUCCGCCACCAGAGGAUUCACACAGGGGAAAAGCCCUACUCAUGUAAGGAGUGUGGGAAGGCCUUCAGCCAGAACUCCUGCCUUUCUAUUCACCUGAGAAUUCACACUGGAGAGAAGCCCUAUGCCUGUGCCGAGUGCGGGAAAGCCUUUGCCCAGAAGGCAAAUCUGACUCAGCACAAGAGAAUUCACACUGGAGAGAAGCCUUAUUCCUGUAAUGUGUGUGGUAAAGCCUUUGGCCUCAGUGCGCACCUUAGUCAGCACUACAGGGUUCACACCCAACAGAGGCUUUACCAGUGUCAGCACUGUCAGAAAGCCUUCAGAAGCCACUCCGGCUUCACUCGACACCAGCAGGUUCACACCCGAAACAAGUAGAAUCUAGCCACGUUUCCCAUGGCCACUAUGUGGCAGCAGAGCAACAGACUCUCAAUAAAUGCUUAUCUGAGGCCCAGCAUUGGAAUCGCCACAUUGCCAAGCUCCACACUCCAAAAUAAAUCAAUUUGUCCAAACCUAGUAAAAUUUGCACGUAUGAGUUGCAUUAAAACAAUGUAAAAACACAGUAAGAAGCAAUACAGUAUUGGGAUUUAAUGGUAGACUCUGGAGCCAGCCUGCCUGAGUUAAUCCUGCUUUGUCCUCUACUGCCAAAGUGACCUUGGAAACGUGGAGCCUCUCAGGGCCUCAGUGUCCUCAUCUGUAAAAUGGGAAUGAUCAAAGUUACCUACCUCAGGGCAGUUGUCAGGAUUACGUACAUUGAUACAUAGAAAGCAUUUAGAAGGAAUGCCCAGCACUCUUAAGUACUCCCCAAGUGUGAGCUGUGAGUGUAUGUUAGAACAAAAGGAAGGAAAUCAUUGGGAACCUUCCAUCUCUCUGUCCCCCACACUUAAUUUUCCUAAUGAAUGCCAUGCAUAGCUGUUAAUUAAGUUUUUCUCCAGAAUUUACCCUCUGCUUCAUUUGGUUCCCCAAAACCUAGCGCUCUUCAUUUCUGAUCGUUUUCCUCCAUCUCUGUUUUGUCAUACAUUUAGAAAAUGUUUUUGCCAACCCACAGAAAGCCAAGAAGAGCACAUAAAUUCUUCCUGCCUAACCUCAGGUGGCUAAAACUUUCCACGUCUAACCUUCCAGAGUUCUCACUGGGAAAGGGCCCCUCUUCCUUAUAUACCACCUCAUCCCAUUAACCCUCCUCCCCAGUUCAUAACGAAAUUGGUUAGAUGAGGUCCAGUUUAGCAUGGCACUUAAUCCUAAAAACACCAGCCAGCUCAAAGGCUGCAUUGGGUAUUACCACGUGGGUAACCACCUAUAGCUACGGAAGUGGGAAAAAGUGUUCACCAAGAUGCUGACUGCUCGCCAAACACCCAAGCCGGCCACCCUCGCUGGGUGCGUUGUGAAGUCCGAUGGGUGAAUAAUAACAUGAUAAGCCCUGCCUUUGCCCUGAAGCUUCCGGGAUUCAGAUAGGGUAAGGAACGGCCUCCAGUUGACAGAGGAGCACUGUUGGUUGGUGGUCGACAUCCACAAUGCCAGUCACUGGUGUCAUCUAGCAAAGCCUGGCCACCGGCGGAUUGCCAGAGAGUCUGGUGAGAAAACAGCCCGCCCUCUUAGAACCCUUGAACCCUGGCCCCUCAGCUGAGACUCACUCAUUGAAACGGGAGCGUCAACUCCCUUGAUGGCGCCCACAGGGUUGACUGAAGCACAGUAGUUUCAUGAAGACGUUGGACGCUGGUAACUUGGAAUCUCUGUUUGUUUUUGGUGCUUAAAGAAGUUCGGAGAUGUAUGUAAAGCUCAAACCUUGCACUUUAUGUUCUGCUGGUUGGCUGCACUGUUGUUUAAGCUCUUUGGGAACCUGCUAACUAACCGUAGGACCCACACUGCACUAGAGACAGCUGAUCCUCUCAGUCCCCAGCACAUGCCCUGCCCCGCCCCUGCCCUCCAGAACCCUGUCUGCCCAGUGUGGCAGACAUGCUGCACACGAGGGUCAAGGUGUACACCAAGUGUUGUGGAGGAGGCCAGCGGCAGGCACAUGUCAACAGGUGUGCCCAUUGAGUGUUGAUGCCAAAGAGGGGUUGGAACCCUGUGUGCAACCACCUAGACCACCAUUUGUAACUUGUUACCUCCGUCGUGGUGGGCCAGUGCGGACCCACCCUCCAUGUGUGCAUGUUCCUUCUCUCGACUGAUUAAAGUUUUGAGUUUGAAAACCUU